AUGAACAAUAAUACAACCAAACCAAAUUGUUCAGUAAACAAUAAUGAUAUUGACUCAAAACCAAUAUUUCUUAGUAAUUCUGUUUAUGAAUUUUGUGAUAUUAAGAACAAUAUGGAUGACCAAUUAACGAUAUGGGGUUUAGACAAUAUGAACACUAAUGACACUAGUAAAGUAAUGUUUGAUAUGCAUUUCAAUGAUUACUCAGAAAAUUUAAAUUUUGAAGAGCCAAUAUUAAAUAAUAGACAAUGCAAUUGUGAUUGUACACCUACAUGGGAUCGACUUAAACAAACUCUUGAAUUAACUGAUGAAGAAAUACUCAAGAGAUGUGAUACACUAAAUUUCAUGAUUCCUGAAGAUAUUUUUUGUAAUUUACCCAUUGAUCUUAAUGACGACCAAGUUGAUAAUUUAGAUGAUUUUCAAUUGGAUGAAGAAUACAUGUAUACACAAUUAGUAGAUUUUAAUGAAAUUGCUCCAUAUCAAGAAGAAAAUAGAGCCAAAAAAGAAGAAGAAUUAAUAAUAGCUAAUGAACCUGUAGUAAAAUCGACAACAAACAACAAACCAGUUAAGCCUGAUAGUAGACAAAAAAACGCGAUACAAAAAAAUAUCACAAAAUCUAACGACACAAAUAUCGUUAACACAGCUAUUGAGUCUAAUGAACCUGAUCAAGAAAACAUUCAAAAUGAAAACCAGAAACAAAACAUUAAAAAUAAAUCAAAAUCUUCCAAGAAAAAAAAUAAACGUUGUACUGAAAAUGAAUUAUUAGUAGGCUUAAGUAAUACAAUAAAAGAAAAUAUGAUGAGGAAUAUGAAGUAUGUAUACACAUUUGGUGAGGAUUAUCGAGGUGGCAUAAAAUAUGGUCAUAAAAAUUGCGUUAAUUUUUGGAUGCCAAUUCCACAUAAUAAAGGUUGGGUUGAUGAUAAAUUUCUGGAAGCCGAAAGGAAAAAAACAAUUGACAAAAAAAAAUUACGAAUCGAGCAGGAAGAACAUAACAGGAUGAAAGAAAUAGAGGAUGAAAAAGCCACCAUAAAAAAAGCCAGACAGGAAAGAGCACCGUUGCGUUUUCCCAGUUAUAGCGCAAACACUAAACCUAAACCUAAUAAAAAAGUAGUAAAAAUUCCAAAAAUUAAGAAAGUGGAGGCGGUUCCCGCAUUUAAAUUGAAUAAAAACCGAGGCAUAUACACGAUCACUAUGAACUAUUAUACGAAAGAAGGGCGAUUGGACAAAACGGAAGAACCGGUAGUGUUCAAGUUAGCUGACCACACGAAAGAAAUGGAUGGCGUGAGUUCAACUUCAAGUUUCAACGUAGAAUUCGUCACACCCGGAGCAAUCAAUUCAUUACGCCCGAAAAAAUCCGUCAAAGCAAAAGUACAAAUUCCUAAACCUAUUGUCGAAGAAGUCUUACCAUCAGUUAAGUCGACACUCAAAAAGAAAGUGUAA